AUGGUGUUUGCACACAACGCCGAAACGAAUUUCGUAUUUUUGUUUUUUCAACGUAUUUUUCUCAUUUUUUUUGUUUCAAAAAAUCUUUAGUGAAAUCGAUCUUCACCCGCAACGUUCGCAAGAAAUGUCAGCCAGAAUUUAUCAUCGGGUAUUUGAAAACUUUCUUUUUGAAGAAAAAUGUGUGAUUUUCAUUGGCAAUUUUCAUCGAUUUUGAAUAUUUUUAAUUUUAAAAUUAGGCUGAAAAAAUCGGUGAAAAUUGUCAUUGAAAAUUACAUAUUAUUGGAAAACUUAAUGAUUGAAUUUUGCAGAAGAAAUGUCUGAUGUUGAAGAGAAAAGCGAAGAAGGAGAACUGCGAUCAGAUGAUGGAGAUUCUUCUGAUGAAGGAAAAUCACGAAAUGAUUCGGACAAAACAUUGAAAGGUUUUUUUUUUGAAAUGAAAAUGUAAAAACAUUUCCUGAAAUAUAUUUUCAACGUGAACUUCAAUUUUGCGUGACCUGAAAACAUUUUUCAUUUUAAUUAUUUUGAAACAUUUCCAAUAAUUCCAAAAUUGAUAAUCGGCAAUAAUUUGUUAUUUAUAACAACUAUUUUCAGAUAAAAAGAAGAAAAAGAAAGAGAAAAAGCACAAAAAAGAAAAGAAGCAGAAGAAGGAUAAAAAGCAUAAACGAGAUAAAGAAGAAAAAGAAUCUCCAAUAAAAAGAAAAGCAUCACCUUCACCUUCGCCAAUUCGAAAAAGAUCUACAGUAUCUCCUGAACCUGCAAGAAGAAGAAGAUCACGAAGUCCUGAAAUUCGAAGAAAAUCUAGAUCGCGAAGUCCUGAAACUAGAAAGAGGUCUAGAAGUCCUGCAAUCAGACGAAGAUCGCGAAGUCCUGAAAUCAAAAGACGAAGAUCACGUUCUCGUAGUUUUGAAAAUCGAAGAAGAUCGAGAAGUAUUGAUAGACAAAGAAGGAAAAGUCCCGAACAAUCGAGAUAUAAUUAUAAUUUCAAAACUAGAAGAGAUUUUGGAAGUCGAAGAAGAUCACGUUCGAAAGAAAGAACUCAAAGAGAUUCAUCAAGAGACAAAAGAAAAUCAGGUGAUAGAAGAAAAGAAAAAAACGAAGAGGAAGAAAAACCGAUUGAAUGGAAUCUUGAUUCGGAUUCGGAAAAUGAAGAGAAAAAAAUUGAAGAUGCUAGAAAGAGAAGACAAAUGAUUUUGAAACAAAUGAGUGGAGCUGGAGACAAAAAUGAAGAUGUAAGUGAAAAAUACUAUUUAUGGAAAAAAUUUUCAGUUUCUAAUUUCAAGAAAAAAAGCACAUUUUUGUUUCUAAAAAUUCUGAUUCAGUUUUGUUUUUGAAAUUGUUUCAAAUAUCAAUAGAUAGAAAUGAAAAACUUGAGGAGAUCUUACAAACUCAUCAAAAAUUCUAUAUUUUGGUAAAGAUUUUCCGAAUGUUUUGAAAAGAAAAAAUUCAGAACUUCUUAAGAUUUUUCACAAUUAUUAUGAUUUAGAUUAACCGCCACGAAGAUUCUCCACAACUUCCAUCAUUGAAAAAAGGAAAAGAAUCGGAAGAUUCGAGUUCGGAUUCAGAAGAAGAUGAAACUGAUCGAUUGAUAAGAGAAGCUAAAAAAGUUGUGAAAUUAGGAAGUGAUUCACCAUCAAGUGGAAUGUCAACACCUGCAACAAUAAAAGAUGAAGGAACUCCAACUGAUUUCUUUGAAGGUUUGAAACAAAAAAUGGAACAUAUUGAGUAAGUAUUUUAUUUUUGAUUUUCUUGAAAAAUCGUGAUUUUUUUCAGACAAAAAUCGGAAACAUCUCAAGAAGAAGGAAAAGCAAGUAAAAAAGAUGAUGAUGAUAAAUUCGAUAUGUUUGCAGAUAAUGAAGAAUUACCACAAGAUAUGGGAACAAUUGAUGGACAUGCUGGAUCAAAAUUAGAUACUUUGAAAGAUAAUUGGGAUGAUACUGAAGGAUAUUAUCGUAAGUUUAUCAUUUGUUUUCCAGCUCACGAGAAAAAAAUUCAGAACAAAAAAAUUACAAUUUAUUUUAGGUGUCCGAAUUGGAGAAGUUAUAGAUGGCCGUUAUCGUGUUGUUGGUUUUACGGGUGCCGGUGUUUUCGGAAAUGUUUGUCGUUGUACAGAUCAAUUAAAAAACAAUACUGUAGCUGUUAAAAUUAUCAGAAAUAAUGAAAGCAUGUAAGUUUUUUUUCAAUAUUUCGAAAUAGAAAUAAAAUUAUCAUUUUAGGUAUAAAACUGGACUACGAGAAUUGGAUACUUUACGGAAAUUGAAUGAAGCUGAUAGUGAAGAUAAAUAUCAUUGUUUGAGAUUAUUCCGAACAUUCAAACAUCACAAUCAUUUAUGUUUAGUGAUGGAAAAUUUGAGUAUGAAUCUAAGAGAAUUGAUCAAAAAAUAUGGACAAAAAGAUGGUUUACAUUUGAAAGCAGUUAGAAGUUAUGCACAACAAUUAUUAUUGGCAUUGAGAUUAAUGAAAAAAUGCGAAUUGGUUCAUGCUGAUAUUAAACCAGAUAAUAUUUUGGUAUGUUUGUUUUUCAUUGAAGUAAGGAGAAAACAAAAUAGGUAAUUUUUCAGGUGAAUGAAUCGAAAUUGACUCUGAAGCUAUGCGAUUUUGGUUCAGCUGGAUAUGUAAAUGAACAAGAAUUGGGUCCUUAUUUAGUUUCCAGAUUUUAUCGUGCACCUGAAAUCAGUGAGUUUUUUUUUGGAAUUUUAAACGAGCAGUCAAAGUUUAGUCCCCAAUGGUUCUAAAGAAUAGAUAGUGUCCUUCCCUUUCUGUUAUACAUGUUUUUCAAAUUCAACAUCUAUUUUUCAGUGCUCGGUGUUCGUUAUGAUUACGCUAUUGAUUUAUGGUCAGUUGCUGCAACACUUUUUGAAGUUUAUACUGGAAAAUAUAUGUUUCCUGGAAGAACUAACAAUCAUAUGUUGAAGGUAAUUUUUCACAAAGUGUUGCCCAUGUUACUGAAUUUUUCAGCUUUUUACUGAUUUGAAAGGCAAAUAUCCGAAUAAAUUGGUCAGAAAGUCGCAAUUCAAAGAUCAGCAUUUUGAUGCGCACUGUAAUUUGUUGUUUCAUGAAGUUGACAAAGUGACACAGCGAGAUAAGGUUUGUGGAUUUUCCGAUAAUAUUUUUCAAACUUAUUAUUAUUCUAGAUAACCGUACUUGCCAAUUUGAAACCUACGAGAGAUUUGGAAUCAGAAUUAAUCGCUGGACAAAAAUUGAAUCGGGAACAAGUUGAACAGGUAUUCAACAAUUUUUUGAGUUUGUUCAUAAAUAUGUUCAAUUUUUGAAAAAAGUUUAAAUUCCGCUAUCUGUUCCUCGUGACUUUAUAAAUUUCAAAAGUUGUGAUUUUAUGAUAGCGAAAAUAAAAAAGUAAAUUCGCGGUGCUCAUAUUCUGUAAAUUUUCAAGAAAUGACUGAUUGGGAAUUGACAACAAUUUGAACGUAUUUUUUCAGGUUCAAUCAUUCCGUCAUUUAUUGGAUGGAAUGUUGGUAUUGGAUCCAUCAAAACGCAUCACAUGCAAUGAGGCUUUGAAACAUCCCUUCUUCACUCUUCCAAUCAAAUAA